UCGGGAAUCGCGUAAACGAGGAUAACGAGGGGGUGGGGCCUGGCGCACGCCCCUCUAACUUUUUCCGACGCUGGGCGGCGCGAGGCACGCCUCGAGCUCAGACGAGCCGUCGGCGGCGCGUCGACGGGACCGCGACCGACGAUACGAUACGCGAUGUGAUUGUGAACUGUUACAAUGAGGACCGAAGUGCAUGUGCUGCCGACAUGAGACGGGUAAAAUACUGCACGAUGAACGAGGUCCAACCGGUCCUGAUCGUACUCGUCGUGUUGGUUAAAUUGGCGAGCUCUCGCAACAACAUGUUACCCCACAUGGAGCUGAACACGGCGCUCACCUGCCGCCUCAUCGCGGGCCUGACCCGGGAGCAGAAGGCGCUCUGCCACGAGGCCCCGGACACCACAGCCGUGGCCUUCGAGGGCCUUCAGCUGGCCGUCAAGGAGUGCCAGCACCAGUUCCGCUGGCACAGGUGGAACUGCUCCAGCCUGCUGGCGAGGAGCGCGAACCCCCAUGCCAGUGCGAUCAUGAGAAGAGGUUUCCGCGAAACAUCAUUUCUGUACGCGCUCUCUGCUGCGGGUGUCGCACACGCGGUAGCCCGGGCCUGCGCACAGGGCCGGCUGCUGGCCUGCGACUGCGACACCGUGGGCUACCGGGCCCGGCCCCGCGCCCGCCCCGGCCAGGCCAAGCCCAGCAAGUGGGAGUGGAGCGGCUGCUCCCACAACCUGGCUUACGGGAUACAGUUCUCGAAGCGGUUCCUCGACGUCCGAGAGCAGGUCGACGAUCUACAGUCGAAGAUCAAUACACACAAUAAUAAUGCUGGGAGGGUAAUCCUGUCGUCCCACAUGGAGGUGCGGUGCAAGUGCCACGGUCUGUCCGGCAGCUGCCAGGUCAGGACGUGCUGGCGAGCGACUCCGGACUUCAGGGUAGUCGCAUCUACGAUAAAACGAGAGUAUCGUAAGGCAUUAAUUGUAGCACAAGAAGAAUUAAACGAUGGCUUCUCUGUGCUAAGAGGUAGACCCAGAGGAAAAAGGAGGAGUAAAGCCCGGCCAGCGCCGAAAACGAGUCUACUGUUUUUCGAAAGGUCACCAAGCUUCUGCGAAGCGGAUCCGAAGCUGGACUCAGCGGGCACCUCGGGGCGCGUAUGUCGGGCAGGCAAGACGUCCAGAACGGGCUCCUGCGAUCUGCUGUGCUGCGGGCGAGGACACAACCUCAUCAGGAAGUCCAGCAUCAAACCCUGCAACUGCACCUUCCACUGGUGCUGCCGCGUCGACUGCCAGAGAUGCCACGACGACAAGUGGAUAGCUAUUUGUAAAUGAACGUGCCAUUAUGCCAUUUGCCAAAUUGCCAAACUCGGUGACGUCAUGAGUGUUACGUUUGUAGAGGGAAAACCCGUGAAAAGCAGUGCGGGUUUUUUUCGCGUAGGAAAUGUAAAA